AGUUCAUAGUGUGCUAAGAAAAGAAAGAAGAAUUAUAAUAUGUUCAUAGAUUUUGGAUUUAAUCUAAAAAUAAUAUAAUUUCUAAUGUGAAACUGAAAACUAAAAGAUUCAGAUACGACUUAUACUUCUACAGUAUUUUUAGUAUUUGAAAUUAUUCUUUUGCUGUGUCUCGAGCCGUGCGGUACAUGCUGAGGAUGUUAGGCUAAAAGUAAAACGUGUAAUACUGAUACAAGUAAUAGGUAAAACAGCGCAAGUAUAUAAUAUGACGUUAUUUGUAUAAGACCAUCAAGUAACGUGAGAAUAGGAACAGGAGUUGGUUAUAAAAGUCGAGUUAUUUUGUUUUUAAACUGCGUGAAUUCGUAAUAUCGUACUAUGAUUUCGAAAAAUUUAGUGAUGAACUAUGUAAGGAGAACAUUUUCUAAAACUGACACAUUCAUCGUUUACUCAAAUGACAGAGUUACAAUUAGGCAACUUGGGGGGCCUACUCUAAAUCAAUGAGUGAACUUGAAGGCAUCGUCACGCCAUUUCGAACACUCGUUCACAUUUGUCGUAACGUUGUCUUUUUCAGUUUUUGAGUUCUUAGCCUGAUGACUAUUUGGAAGUUUGACUGCAUUCUAAAUUUCUGGUAAUAUUAUAUAACUAAUAGCAAUACUGUUGGUUUUUUCUGUAGUUUUUGUUAUUUCGAAGAAGUGAAUCAUUUCAUAUUACUAGUUUUAUAAAGAAGGAAACCAAGUACUUAUCAUAAUGCAGAAAAGAGAGGAAGCUUCCCGACGAGUUAUGAAAACAGGUAUUGGACCCAGAACAAUGCAUGGUCAACAGAAACAAAACCCUUCCACUAACUCUGGCGUGUUGAUGGUUGGACCAAACUUUAAGGUUGGGAAAAAAAUUGGAUGUGGUAAUUUUGGAGAGCUUAGACUUGGUAAGAACUUGUAUAACAAUGAACAUGUGGCUAUCAAAUUGGAGCCAAUGAAGUCCAAAGCACCUCAACUUCAUUUAGAGUACAGGUUUUAUAAACUCUUAGGAAAUCAUGAAGGAAUUCCAAAAGUUUUCUACUUUGGUCCUUGUGGGAAAUACAAUGCUCUGGUGAUGGAACUUUUAGGACCAAGUCUUGAAGAUCUUUUUGAUCUGUGCGAUCGGAAGUUUAGUUUAAAAACUGUUUUAAUGAUUGCAGUUCAACUGCUACAUCGGAUAGAGUACGUUCAUUCCAAGCAUCUAAUUUAUCGAGAUGUGAAACCAGAAAACUUCCUAAUAGGACGACAAUCAACCAAAAAACAAAAUGUCAUCCAUAUAAUAGACUUUGGUUUAGCCAAAGAAUAUAUAGAUCCAGAAACUAACAAACACAUCCCAUACAGGGAACACAAGAGCCUUACAGGAACAGCAAGAUAUAUGAGUAUUAACACUCAUUUAGGAAAAGAACAGAGUAGGCGAGAUGAUUUGGAAGCCUUAGGCCAUAUGUUUAUGUACUUUCUUCGAGGAAGCUUACCUUGGCAAGGAUUAAAGGCAGACACCCUUAAAGAAAGAUACCAGAAAAUAGGAGACACCAAAAGAGCCACGCUUGUUGAAGUCCUUUGUGAGGGUUACCCUGAGGAACUGGCUACAUAUCUCAGAUAUGUUAGGCGACUAGAUUUCUUUGAAACUCCUGAUUAUGACUACCUUAGAAAAUUAUUUCAAGACCUCUUUGAACGUAAAGGUUAUAUGGAUGAUGGAGAAUUUGACUGGACAGGGAGACAGCUGUCGACUCCAGUGGGUUCUCUUCAGACAGGACAUGAAGUAAUAGUUUCACCUAACAGAGAAAGACAUGUCACGUCAAAUACAAGGGGAAACCAACAAAGAACAGCAAUGUGGAAUGAACAACCUAGGCAAUUGAUACCAAACCUGUUGGGAGGUAACCUUACACCUGCUGACCGCCAUGGUUCAGUCCAAGUUGUGAGCUCAACUAAUGGUGAACUAGCAAAUGAUGAUCCAACCACUGGUCAUUCAAACACACUAAUUACUACUCCAGCUGAAGUGGAAGUAGUAUCAGAAACAAAGUGUUGCUGUUUUUUCAAGAAAAAGAAAAAAAAGCCAGGAAGGCAGAAGUGACUCCCUGAUGCAUGGAACCCUGAACAAGAAGCCGUGUUGUUGCAGACUUCACCUUCAGAAUCUAAAGAAAGUGUUGGUGCUAUUCUUCUGCAAACAGCAGAUGUUUAGUUGAUUUUUCAGCUUAUGCUGUUCUUGUGUCAUAAUAGACAACCAUAUGUGGUUACCAUGUGUAGUAAGGACAAAUACCCAGCAACUCAAGAUGACAGAUGCAUGAUUUUCAGUUUUGUCCCUUUGGAGAAUAUGGUAGUUGCUAGACAGUUUUAGCAUUGAGAAACCAUAUCAAGUAAAUUAAGAUGUUUUAUGCUUUGGAUUGACAAAGCAAACACUAGCAGUUCUAUAGUAGGCAUGUGAUUAGUGGCCAAACAGUGAAGCUCAUAUAUUUCUUAACACAUAAAUUGAACUUUUGUGAAUGAAAGAUGUGUAAUUAUUAUUGUUACUUUUGAUAUUUAUGUUUGAAUUUAUUGGAUGCACAAAAAAAGAGGGGCUGGAGUUUUCCUGUUGGAAAAAAAAAAUUCCUUUCCAAGGAAGGUAUAAUGUGUGUUUCCAUUGCAUUAUUAAAUGUAGUCACAUCAUCAUCAACUGUCCCAGUGUUUUUCUAUUGACUGUAAAUAUCAGUGUUGAGACAUUUUUUUCUUUUUGCAGGAGUUUAGGGUUUAAUUUAUUAGUGACAGAUUAGUUUCACUCAGCUGAUUAUUGUCACAUCACCAAACGUAGAAACUGAAGUUAUAAGCAGAGGAACUUGUCUGUAUGUACCUUUUAUAACAGUAAUUUUUACUAUUAUAGACUAGCUUUCUUUUCUUGUAUGGUUUUCCCUCUUUCUUCUUUUUUUUAUCAUUUUUCUCAGAACAUAAUGAGAAAGAAAGGUCAUUGUAACAUUUCUGGUACUUAAAAAGGUAAGCUUAUGUACAGCUGCUUGAAAAAAAAUCCUACUAUAAAUCAAGUUUUACUGAUCUCCAUAUCUGCAGUUUCAAACAUUUUGCCUUUGAUAAAGUGAAAUAAUCUGUUAAAUUUUCAUGUUUAUCUUGCCUGUAUGCAUUUCAAUAUAGUCUUAUCUUCUCAAGUGCCAGUUUCAGUUCUCUGUGAUUUAUAGAGAUCAUGUACUGGCUGUGUUUCUCUCUUCUUAAUUAAAAUGCAUAUCAAUGUAUUGAUAAAUUUCUUAAGCUGUAGUGAAGACAGUAGAACAGUAUUCGUGACUUGAGUUGUAAGAUUUUGUGCUGGAAUUCUCUGUAUAAAUGGUCUUAAGAGAAUUCAAUGACGAGGAACCCACUUUGAGACUAAUAAUGCUUCGAGAUGGCUUGAAUGGGUAAUGAAGAAAAACUUUAGUAUAAGUUUAACAUAACAACAAAUUUAUAACAUUUCGACAAGGUUUUGUCAUCAUCAGGUACAUGUA